AUGAAUGCCAUUGCACCUCCUCUUCAUCGAGGCAUGAAAGAGCUCGAGCGCUCUGCAUUUAAAAAAGUAGUCAAGACAUUAGCUAUUAAAGUACCCACCAAGCAAGUAGGUCUUGCAAAGAAAUCAUUCCAAAAUGAUCUAUUCAAUCAGCCUCGACUUCGCAACGUGGAACCUGACCCAUCAUCCAAAGAAACAAAGCUUGUGUUGUUGAGUUUGGGAUUACAAAAUGCCGAGAGUCUCUCCAAAGAGAAGCGAGAGCUCCUUCAGCAACACAACUGGGAGCUAGUUCAACAUGAAUUAGAAUUGGAUUACAACUUUUGGACAGCUGAACAAAUCUUGCACGCUGUCAUGCCAGAAGAUUCAACCGACAUUCCCUCUUCAUUCACUCAAGUUGGACAUAUUGCUCAUAUGAAUCUACGUGAAAACUACUAUCCAUGGAAGCAUUUGAUCGGCGAGGUUAUUUUAGACAAAAACAAGAAUAUCACUACAGUGGUCAACAAGACAAACAGCAUAGACACCACUUUUAGAUUCUUCAAGAUGGAGAUUUUGGCUGGCAAAGACGACAUGAUUGCAGAAGUGAAGGAAAGCGGCUGCAAAUUCAAGUUUGAUUUCUCCAAGGUGUACUGGAAUUCUCGGUUACACACAGAGCACGAUCGCCUUGUUCAAUUGUUCAAGCCAAAUGAGUACGUGUGUGAUGUCUUUGCUGGCGUGGGACCAUUUGCAUUACCAGCAGCGAAAAAGGGGUCCAUUGUCUAUGCCAAUGAUUUGAACCCUUCCUCCUACGAAUACAUGAAGGAGAACAUCAAGCACAACAAGAUCACCAGCGGCAUCUUCCCUUACAACAUGGAUGGCCGUGCCUUUAUCAAACAAGCCGUGAAAGAUUUGCAAGCUACUUCAGCGGAUGAAUGGAAGACAUUUGAUCACUUUGUCAUGAAUUUGCCUGCUACUGCCAUUGACUUUUUAGAUGCGUUCCGUGGCCUCUAUCAUGAUCAAAAAGACUUGUUCAACGCAAGUGCUCGUGCUAAAUUACCCAUGAUCCACUGCCACUGUUUCACAAAAAGCAGUGAUGCUAUGCAAGAUAUCUCAGAGCGUGUGGGCCAAAUCAUGGGCGGCAAACCCGAUGUCAGCAAAAGCUCAGUUCAUUGGGUUCGCAAUGUUGCACCUAAAAAAGACAUGUACUGUAUCUCGUUUCCGUUGAGUUCUGACAUUGCAUUUGCUGCCACACCCGUGUCCCACAACAUUAACAACAGUGAAAAGCGCAAAUUAGAAGACUCAUCAGCAUCAGCAUCAGCAUCCGAGCAUCAAAAGACACCUCGCUUAGAAUAA